CACCCUGUGCACCGUCAUCAUUGUACUAGUGACGCGGCUCGUGACGCCAUGACGCACGGCUGCUUACCCUUGGCUUCCGGUGUCGUAGUUGCUAACUUGUGUUGAUAUAUUUUUCUCCGGACUCGGCUCGUUUUUCUAUACAAGAAAGAGGGAAACGUACGCCGUUGACGGAGUGAGCCAGACCCAAAACGAGUCGAAAAGCUUUCAUAAGAAACAUAAACCUCGUAUUUCAGAUGGAGAAAGUGUAGCAUUGCUUGUGGAAAUGAAUAUUGGCUCUAAAACUAAGAAACGGGUGGUUCUGCCCAGCCGACCCGAGCUCCCCACUGUGGAUCAGCUGCUGGAGGACAUCCACAAAGCUGCUCCUGAUGACCCGGUUUUCAGCAUCCUGGACAAAACCGAGCAGGCUUGGCCCUGGCCGGCGGACAGCGAGGCGGAGCUGCGGUUCCAGCAGAGCCGCCGCUAUUUGGAUCUGAACAGCCGACUGGAGGAGGCGCUGGGUCGGCUGCAGAAACAGAGGGAGACGCUGCAGACGGCCGGGGAGCAGCUGGACAGGACGGUGGAGGAGGUCAAAGGUCAAAUCUCCUGACUCAGCACAUUCCAAAGAGACGCUGGUUCUUCUUCUCUUUAACUGAACUCUGCUACUGGAAACCCAGACAGACAGUGAUGGCUGACCUUUGACCUCACCUGUAAUACUGCUUCAUGGUCCCUGAAUGUUUCUGAUCAUGGAAAGUGUUGUGAUCUAAAGUCAGCAGUUUGACCGCGAAAAUAAAUGAGAAAAUGUGCAGAAAUAAAAAUCAGAGUGGAAAGUACAGCUAAAAAUGAGAAAAAAUUAAAAUAUUAGUUUUUUUAAUAUUUGUUUUUUAUGUUUGUGCAGUGCAUGUUUAUUUCAUUUUUAUCAUUUUUAUUUCAAGGAUAACCUCUUGAGAUGUUUUUGUGUUGGUUCUUACAAAAACAUAAAUAUUAAAGCAAAAAAUAAUAAAACAGAUGAUGAAAAUAAAUAAUAUUCAGGUACCCAAACCUUUUCUCGUGUGUAGAUGUUCGUCCACAUUUAUUAAAAGCAUUAAUCACAAAUUAAUAUUUUAUUUCACUCAAAGUGAAACUGAACUUUUUUUUUCUCUAAUUUGAGAAAAAGGAAACAAGACGAGCUUCAGCUCUGACAUUUGGUUAAGAAAGUGGAGUAUUAAGGGUCCAGUUGAACAAAAUGUUCACAUUUUCAGCAUGUAUUCAUUUGCAGAGACUGAUCUGAUCAAACUUAAUUGUUUCUGUGUUUGUAAAUGUUUCAUGUUUCACUUAUUUAUUUAAUUUUGGCUGAAAUGACUCUCAAUAACAAUAAACUUGUCCAGAAAUAUUUCUGU